GGGCGGGGCCUGCUUAUAAGGCUAGGGGACGCGCUGAUUUUCUGCCACAAGCCAGGCUGCACCGCCUGCGUGUCAUCGCCAGUCUCCCCGCCUACAGAUAAUUCCAGAAACAUGAGGACAUUUACCAUUGUUACAUUCGCAGUCUGCUGUGGCUUGCUAAAUGCAUUUACCAUCACGGCUCCCAAGGACUUAUAUGUGGUAGAGUAUGGCAGCAAUGUCACGAUCGAAUGCAGAUUCCCAGUAGAGCACCAGCUGGACCUGCUUGCGUUAGUUGUCUACUGGGAAAAGGACGACAAACAAGUUAUUCAGUUUGUGGAUGGAAUGGCGGACCUGACCUUUCAGCACAGUAGCUUCACGGGGAGAGCCUGGCUGCCAAAGGAGCAGCUUCUACAGGGAAAUGCUGGGCUUCAGAUCACAGAUGUGAAACUGCAGGACGCGGGGGUUUACUGUUGCAUGAUCAGCUAUGGUGGAGCAGACUACAAGCGAAUCACGCUGAAAGUCAAUGCCCCGUACCGCAAAAUCAACCACAGAAUUUCCAUGAAUCCAGCCACGUCCGAGCAUGAACUAACAUGUCAGGCUGAGGGCUACCCAGAAGCUGAAGUCAUCUGGACAAACAGUAACCACCAGUCCUUGAGUGGCAAGAUUACUGUCACCAGUUCCCAGACAGAGGAGAAACUUUUCAAUGUGACCAGCACUCUGAGGAUCAACGCAACAGCCAAUGAUGUUUUCUACUGUACUUUUUGGAGAUCACAAUCAGAGAAAAACCACACAGCUGAGUUGAUCAUCCCAGAUCCUCCUGCAGAAUUUCUCCCGAAUAAGAGGACUCAUUGGGUCCUUCUGGGGUCGUUCCUGUUGCUCCUUGUUGCAGCCAUAGUCCUCUUCUGCUUAAGGAAACAAGUGAGAAGUCUAGAUGUGGGAAAAUGUGGCACCGAAGAUACAAAUUCAAAAAACCAAAAUGAUACACAGUUCGAAGAAACGUAAGCAGCACAGAAGCUUCUGAUCUUCAAGGUGGGAUUGCCAGUCUGUGGUCUGUGAACGAAGGGGCCCUUGGGAUGUGGGUCCAAGGACUCAAAAUGGAACCUGGGAAGAGAAGAGAACAAAGAAAGAAAGUGUUGGAAGGGGAGCCUGGGACAAAGGACAUUUCUGCAGGAGACAGCAAUACGCAUGUUGUCCAUCAAUCAUCUUGGGAAAGCGGGUUGAGAAUCCCCGACCUAACAUCUUGUCCUUGCAGAAUCACGCUUUUCCUCCACUCAGUGCCUGGAUGAGAGACAGAGAGUCACAAGUGUUGACGUAUGAGUGUUUUCUAUUUAUUUUGAGUCUGUGUGUGCUUGUCGUGGGAGUGUGGUUGUGAUUGAUGCAUUCUAAAGACAUAAUAGAUGUUACAAUGUAGUCACCAAACUCAACUGCUUCUUAUCAUCUUGUCCACGGGCAGAAAAGCAUGUGCAUUUGUGAGGUGCUUGGUGUCCUCUGUAGCUACUGGUACAAGUGGGACACAUGGGGGACACAAGAUUGCUUUGCUAGGGCUCUUGUGGCGUGACUUGAAUAAUCUUUAUUCUCAGUCCUCGAGGCUCCGUGGCAGUAGUUGUUCUGUGUAAGUAUCAGCUCUGCAAGUGUCUGAGACUACACUUGACAAUCUCAUUUCAUCUCCAUAGCAACCCUCAUGGUAACUUCUAUUAUAUUCACUUCAGAACCCAAGAAGCUGAGCAAUUCAGUAACUUGCCCACCAAUUUCUGUCCUUCAGCCACUGUCCUCUUAGGCUACAAUUUGUAGCUAAGAAAUGAAUUCAAAAGCUGCUUAUUAAGUAGCAUUGCAUAUCACACCGUGCCUCAUGCACCAUGCUGGCCCUUGAGUGUAGAGAUGCAAGCC